AUGUUCCCGGCACUGGACUCAGAGCUGAAGCAGGAGGCUCUUGCCGAUCCCUAUGAAGACUUUAUGUUUCAUCACCUCCAGUACUAUGGCUAUUUUAAAGGACAAAGAGGCAGUUUAGCGAACCCGGCUACGAGUCAGCGCACUUGGAAGCAUCCCCCUCGGCACCUGCUGAAUGCCUCCUUGGGGGAAAGAGACCUGCUGAUGCCGGACACGUUGCCAAAGGAGAAGCUUCUGUGCUCCCUUUUGCUGAGCUCACCGCUUCUCCGGACCCGGCAGCUCAUCUACAAUGAGCUGGAUGACAUGACCCCCCGGCUGCAGGAGCCCCGAGAACUCUUCCCCUUCUUCUCCAGCCAGGGUUCGCUGCAGGCGCCACGAUGGCCCAUCGAAUGUGAGGUCAUUAAGGAAGACAUCCAUCACAUUGAGUGGGUUCCACCUUACCCAGAAUAUUUCUAUCAGUCUACAGGAAAUGAAGAAGUACCAGAAAUUGUAGGAGAGGAGAGAGGCACAGUUGUCUAUCAGCUAGAUUCAGUGCCUUCAGAAGCAUCCUAUUUCACCAGCUCCCGAGUGGGAGGCAAACGGGGAGCCAUCAAGGAACUUGCGGUCACCCUGCAAGGCCCCGAGGACUGCACUCUGCUGUUUGAAUCAAGGUUUGAGAGCGGAAACCUGCAGAAAGCCGUCCGAGUAGGCACCUAUGAGUAUGAACUCACCUUGCGAACCGACCUCUACACCAACAAACACACGCAGUGGUUUUAUUUUCGUGUCCAGAACACCAGAAAAGACACCACGUAUCGCUUCACCAUCGUUAACUUGCUGAAGCCCAAGAGCCUCUACACCGCAGGGGUGAAGCCACUCAUGUACUCGCAGCUGGAUGCCAGCACCUACAGCAUCGGCUGGAGGCGAGAAGGCGACGAAAUCAAGUAUUACAGGAACCCGGCCGACGAUGGGCAGCAGCCCUUUUACUGCCUCACGUGGACCGUUCGGUUUCCACAUGACCAGGACACUUGCUUUUUUGCCCAUUUCUACCCCUACACAUAUACCGAUUUGCAGUGCUACCUCCUGUCGGUGGCCAAGAACCCCACCCAGUCCCAGUUCUGCAAGCUGCGGACGCUGUGCCGGAGCCUGGCCGGGAACACGGUGUACCUGCUCACCAUCACCAACCCAUCCCGCUCCCCGCAAGAGGCGGCCGCCAAGAAGGCCGUGGUCCUGAGCGCCCGAGUCCACCCCGGGGAGACCAACGGCUCCUGGAUCAUGAACGGCUUCCUGGAUUUUAUCCUGAGCAACGCCCCCGACGCCCAGCUCCUCAGGGACAUCUUUGUCUUCAAGGUGGUGCCCAUGUUAAACCCAGACGGCGUGAUUGUGGGGAACUACCGGUGCUCGCUGGCCGGAAGGGAUCUGAACAGGCGCUAUAAAACCAUCCUGAAGGACUCUUUCCCUUGCGUUUGGCACACCAGGAACAUGAUCAAGAGACUUCUUGAAGAGAGAGAAGUGCUCUUGUACUGCGACUUCCACGGCCACAGUCGUAAGAAUAACAUCUUCCUGUAUGGCUGUAACAACAACAACCGCAAGUACUGGCUUCACGAGCGCGUCUUUCCUUUGAUGUUAAGCAAAAACGUGCCCGAUAAGUUCUCUUUUCAUAGUUGUAAUUUUAAGGUCCAAAAGUGCAAAGAAGGAACGGGACGAGUCGUGAUGUGGCGGAUGGGAAUCCUAAACAGCUACACCAUGGAGUCGACCUUUGGUGGGUCCACCCUGGGCAGUAAAAGAGACAUUCAUUUCACCACCGAGGAUCUGAAGUCCUUAGGCUAUCAUGUCUGUGACACGCUUCUGGAUUUCUGUGAUCCUGACCAAGCCAAGUUCACUCAGUGUCUAGCAGAACUUAAGGAGCUCUUACAACAGGAAAUCCACAAGAAAUUCAACCAACUUGGACAAGAUGUGGAUUUAGAAGGAAAUUGGAGUGACAUCUCUUUGUCUGACAUUGAAUCCAGCACGAGCGGUUCGGACAGCUCCCUCUCGGACGGCCUUCCUGUUCACCUAAUGAACUCUAUGUUAGAUAAGGCGAAUCAGAAAAAGCUUAAGAAGAAAAAAAAGAAGCCACUGCAGACCAGGAAACAGCAAACCAAGCAGUAUCAGAAAAACAACCUGGCACGGAAAGUAAAGUUGACAGAAGAGACCCCAGAAAAGCUAGGAUUUACUUCCACUCUGCAGAAGCGGCCAGUCCUUCCCAAGAAUCCAGAAAUUUCCACUUCUUCCAUGAUGAAAAAUGAGAAAUCAAAAUUGAAUGAGACACAGUUGCAAGGACGAGACAAAGGCACCUCUCGGGACUCGUCGGUGACUGCCCUAACUCUACCCAGGAAUGAAGAGAGAAUGCAGCAUAAGAAGCCAGGCUUCACAACGUCAUGCUUGCCAAAGAAAAGUACAAACUCCAGCCAAGAGCCCGCCUCAGGUAUGCCGCCAAACUGGCCUAGGAAUAGAUGCUCUGCCACCAAGACAGGCCGCGUCGCCAUGGUGGCCUACCCAUCCCUACACAUAUACACAUACCCAUAUCCCUAG